CCCCGGCGGGCGGCGCGAUGGGCUGCGGGAACUCCACCGCCACCAGCGCUGGUGCGGGCCAAGGCCCUGCAGGAGCAGCUAAAGAUGUAACAGAAGAGUCGAUAACAGAAGACGACAAGAGGAGAAACUAUGGAGGGGUGUAUGUUGGUCUGCCGUCUGAAGCUGUCAAUAUGGUAUCCAAUCAAACAAAGACUGUACGAAAAAAUUAGAAGAAAAUAAUAUCUUGACUCAGUAAUCAAGAGCUUGCUCAUCAAGAUUUGGAUGGAAUUUUUGCUUCGCAGGAUGUUGUAGUGCACACAGACAUUCGGAAGGAAAGUGUAAACAGUCGCACCCCCCCCAAUUCUUAGUUUAUAGUUAAAACCGUGGGUAUAUAGUGAAUGUUGUGGUACUAGAAAAGAAUUGGUUAAACAGUACUCAUCUAUGGAACUUGCCGUGGUCCACCGGCUGAAGACGAGCUUACAGACGGUUACUGCCCAUCCGGCCACUGUGCUCCAGCUGCCUCCUCACCCUGGCCAUCCCCACAGCUCAUGAAGAUCAUGUCUUUUCACUGAUACUUUUUUGAUAGUUUUUAUAUAACAAAAUCCUUAAUCUAUUUAUAACUUAAAAGAAUAAGGCACUAUAAACAAAUUACUCAAA